CUCACUACUUCUCUGCUCUAGACUAGACAAAACCCAUCCAUCAUGCGGCAGCAUAAAAAUAUUGAGGACUCUGAAAAUGACUUUCCUGAUCAAAUUGAACAUUCACAUUCAUUUCAGUAUGUGCAUGUGAAGCUCGAAGAACAUGUCCAACCAGAACUUAGCACCAAAGAACUUAUCACAAAGAAAACCAGAGAAUACUGUAAAAGUGGCCCGAAAGUAGUUGCCAACUUUUUUCUAACACUUUUUCCUGUUCUCCAAUGGUUUCCACGUUAUAAGAUCAAGCAAUACCUGCCUGGUGACAUCACAUCUGGCAUAAUUGUGGGCAUUGUUACCAUUCCACAGUCAAUUGCUUAUUCCCUGUUGGCCAACCAAGACCCAAUUUAUGGUUUAUACACCAACUUUUUCUGUUGCAUUAUCUAUUUCUUGACAGCAACAUCCCGCCAUAAUUGUGUUGGAACAUAUGGAGUGCUUUGUUUGAUGGUAGGAGACUCUGUGAACAAGCAGCUAAAAGCUGCAGGUUACAUCACAGAUGGGACCACCUCAACAGUGGUAAACUCAACACUUACCAAUGGAACUAUAUGUGAUAAAAGCUGCUAUGCCAUUACUGUGGCCACUUCUUUGACUUUUAUUGUUGGUGUGUACCAGAUCCUAAUGGGAAUAUUUCAGUUAGGAUUCAUCUCCAUGUAUUUGUCUGAACCCUUGCUGAGUGGUUUUGUUACUGGGUCAUCCCUUACUAUUCUGACUUCCCAGAUGAAGUAUCUCUUUGGCUUAAAGAUUCCUCGUCGGGAUGGGGCAGGGGCUCUGGUGUUGACUUGGAUUGACAUCUUUUCUUAUAUAAAAACUACUAAUAUAUGUGACUUAGUAACUAGCAUAGUUGCAAUAAUGACUAUUGUACCUGUUAAAGAAAUUAAUGAUAGGUUCAAGAAUAAGAUGAAAAUCCCAUUUCCAGUAGAACUGAUAGUCAUAAUUGUAGCCACAUUGGUUUCCCAUUACUUUAAGUUUAACACCAACUAUAAGUCGUCAAUCUGUGGCACCAUUCCUACUGGUUUCAAGACUCCCAAAGUCCCAGACUGGAACCUCAUUUCAAGUGUAGCGGCUGAUGCAGUCCCGAUUGCAAUAAUUGGUUUUGCCAUGACGGUAUCCCUUGCAGAAAUCUUUGCCAAAAAGUAUGGGUACACAAUUGGCACCAAUCAAGAGAUGAUAGCUAUUGGUAUGUGCAAUCUGAUACCAUCCUUUUUUUCCUGUUUUACUAGCUGUGCUGCACUUGCUAAAAGUCUUUUGAGAGAAUCUACAGGUGCAAAUACACAACUCACUGGCAUCAUCAGCUCUGCUGUGUUGUUGCUAGUACUGCUUGCUAUUGCUCCUUUGUUUUAUUCAUUACAAAACUGUGUUUUAGGUGUCAUCACUAUUUGUAGUCUCAGGGGAGCGCUAAGAAAAUUUGCAGACACUCCAAAAAUGUGGCGCAUAAGUAAAAUUGACACAAUGGUCUGGUGGGUCAGCAUGUUGUCAUCUUCCUUAAUCUCGACUGAGAUUGGGCUACUAGUGGCUGUUUGCUUCUCUAUGCUCUGUGUGAUCUUGCGUACACAAAGGCCAAGGGCGACUUUAUUAGGUAAGGUCAGUGGGACAGAAAUUUAUGAAGACCAGUUCACUUACAAGGAGCUAAACACUAUUCCUUAUGUUAAAAUAUUCCGCUUUGAUGCCUCUCUGUACUAUGCCAACAAAGACUAUUUCAGAAAUGCUCUAUACAGCAAGACCGGUAUCAACCCAUCACUAGUGGCAGCUCUGCAAAAGAAGGCCAAGAAGGAAGAAGAAGCAGCAUCAAGAGAACCAAGCAAUAGGUUUAUAGCCAGGUUUAAUUUGAUCAAAACAGUUAAGAAUCCUCAGAAAGCUUCAAGAACCUCCGUCCCUCAACUAGAUAUUCACUCACUUAUUAUUGAUUGUGGUGCCAUGCAAUUCAUAGACACGGUUGGUCUUGGUAUUCUUAAAGACGUCCGCAAGGAUUUUGAGGAGAUUUGCGUGGAGGUGUUCCUUGUAAACUGCAACCCAUCAGUGCGCCGCUCCCUUAAUGAUGGGGGAUAUUUCCGCAACACAAGCGGUGAUGUAGAGUUGCUUGCUUUUCAUAGUGUACAUGAUGCUGUUACAUUCGCUGAAAGGAAAUUCCAUGAAAAACAGAAAGAAAUUCAGUUAAGGGAUAAUGCUUUCUCUUUUGACCCAGCUCAGGCAAUUAGUGAUGACCUUAAGAAUUAAAGAAGACACAGAUUAACUGCCUAACUGUUUUGCCAGAGCUGCGGGAAAAGUAAAAGAA